AUGUCACUGGACGAGGAAGAAGAGGACUUCGGAAAUUUGACAUAUAUGGAUCAGAACAAUCAAGAACUUGAACUACUACAACAGCAACAGCACCACCCGAAUCAUGGCGGCGGCGGCAGUGGUGGUGGCUGGUUGUGCGUGAGGGGGAUGACCGACGAGCAAAUGGAGCUUUUACGAAAGCAAAUCUCAGCCUACUGCACACUCUGUGAGCAACUUUCCGAGAUGCACAGGGCCAUCAAAGCCCUACCAGACCCUGUUGGAAUGAAACAAGGAAAUACGUAUGAUCCGUUGAUAACUUCUUCUGCAAGCAAAGUCACAUUAAGGCAGAGGUGGGCCCCAACCCACAUGCAGCUCCAAAUUCUUGAGAGAUUAUACAGGGAAGGGCAAGGGACUCCUAGCAGGCAGAAGAUCAAAGAAAUUACAAGGGAACUGUCACAACAUGGCCAGAUUACUGAAAAAAACGUGUACAAUUGGUUUCAGAACAGGAGGGCCAAGUCUAAAAGAAAGGAGUUGGGUUGGAAUCAAAACAAUGUUGAAUCCGAAGUAGAGACAGAGGUUAGAUUCCCCCAAGAAAAGUCCUCCGCAGCCGAAAACACGCAAUCCGAUGAGAAUUCAUAA